AUGGCUGAUUACUUUGAAGAACUCGGCUGCGAGCCGAUAUCAGCGGAGCAAAACGAGAACCAUCAGUUAAUGUUGAUGGUUCGCUUUCUGCAGCAAAAUGGAUUCUUUUCCGAUGAGUUCCGGUCGGAUACGCUGCCGCCACCCGCGUCCAAGGAAGUGGUAAAAAACCUGCCGGAGAAGGUCGUCACCAAGGACGAUGAAAGGUGUACCAUUUGCAUCAAACCGAACGAGGAAGAGAACGAGAUGUUCCUGGUUUUACCGUGUAAGCACGAUUUCCACAAGUCUUGCAUUAUGCCAUGGUUGGAGAAGACCAACAGUUGUCCAUUGUGCAGACAUGAGCUGUUGACCGAUGAUGAAAAUUACGAGCAGCAGAAGAAGUUCCGAGAACGCGCGGCCAGACGGGAACAGGAGAUCGAAGAGCUGCAUAAUUCUAUGUACGGAUAA